UCUUAUCAGGAUUCAACCUCCGCGCAGAGAUUUGACUUGAACCAGCAUAGCUCAAUAUGUAUAACCUUGGCGCUUCGAUGUACGCUAAUUAUAAAAGAUCGAUAGUUACGGUCACGUGACUCAGGUCCGACAAGAUAUUUGCCGAUACAGACCCGUUUCUUAUCAGUGUCAUAUAGAGUCUGUGGUAAAAAUAAGGAACACACGGCAGAUGAUAACUUUGAAAUAGCUUGGUACUUUAGUUACCAGAUAUUUCUGUUCUUAAUUUAAAUUGUGAAAUAUUGUUCACGCUUUAAGUGUUUUUUAAAUGUCGGAUGUUCACCCUACCGCUAGGGACGGGUUUCAACAUGGUUCCCACUAUGACCUCCAUAGGCCAUCCUACACUGAUGAAAUCGUGAAGUACACAAUCAGCAGGCUACUUCACACCAAUAAUGAAGGUGUCAAGUUUACAGUCCUUGAGCUAGGGGCAGGGACGGGUCACUUUACAAGGAAAAUACUUCAACACCUUCCUCAUGAGGUGACUUAUCUAGCCACAGAUCCGUCGGUAGGGUUUCUGUCUGUGCUGCGAGAACACAGUCCGAAUGUUACCACUGCCGUGUGUCAAGCCACCCGGAUACCACUGCCUGACAGCUCAGUGGAGAACAUCCUGUGUGCCCAGUGCUUCCACUGGUUUGCCACAGAGGCUGCAUUGCAGGAGAUGACCAGAGUCUUAGUGCCUGGAGGAAGAAUAAUGUUAAUCUACAACAACAAAUUGUACACACGUGUGCAAUGGAUGACUCAAAUUGGGGCCAUUUUUGAUGCAUACUACGACGACUCACCAAGAAAGACUAACGGCAAAUGGCAGGAGACCAUGGAAUCAUCGCCCCUUGUGCGAUUCCUGGAACACAAGUUUAUGGAUGAUUUUCCAGAAAUGAAGGGAGACAAGAAUUUCAUCGUGGACCAUUUCACGUCGAUAAGCGUAAUUGCCAAGCUUACAGGAACCGAAUUUGAGGGUGCAGUUAAAAAGUUCCACAGAGUCUUGGAUGAGCACUUCUCUGACGAGGACGAAGUUGUCAUGCCCUAUGACUCAGAAUUUUACUGUGUUGAAAAAUGCUAGUGUCUGUGUAGAGUUGGAAACUGAGACUCGGUUUUAAAUUUUAAUAGUAGGAAAUGUUUAGUUGCUCCAGGGAGAAAAUCAUGACUCUGUCACACAUUUAUAGGCCCCACGCAGUGGUAGGCAUUUAGAAUUGCAGUUGUCUGUCUGUCUGUCUGUCUGUCUGUCUGUCUGUCUGUCUGUCUGUCUGUCUGUCUGUCUGUCUGUCUGUCUGUCUGUCUGUCUGUCUGUCUGUCUGUCUGUCUGUCUGUCUGUCUGUCUGUCUGUCUGUCUGUCUGUCUGUCUGUCUGUCUGUCUGUCUGUCUGUCUGUCUGUCUGUCUGUCUGUCUGUCUGUCUGUCUGUCUGUCUGUCUGUCUGUCUGUCUGUCUAUAUGUAGGUCCCUACAUACGUUCAGCUGUCGCUUGUGUAUUCAAGUCCUUUUUAACUUUUUGGUGGAUCUCGCUCAAAUGUGCAUGGUUGAAUGACCUUAAUGUGCAGAUGAUCGUUAAACAAGUUUUGGCAGAAUUAUGGCACUUAGUUUGUUUUUCUCUUCCUGAAGUGUGUGUUUUGAACUCGUCUACAACUGGGUGAAUCUUGCUCAAACUUUCACAAUUGAAUGCCUUUAAUGUGUAGAUGAUCAUAGGAAAAAAAUGUAUGCCUCUAGUUUUGGCAGAUUUAUGGCCAUUUGUCUACUUUUACAUUGUAGAAUAUAGAAUCCCAAAAUGUUGUGUUUUCAACUUCCCUCUAACUUAUGGGUGGAUUUUGCGCACACUUUCACAUUUAAAUGACCUCAAUAUGUAGAUGAUGGUUAAGAGAGGAUUUUUGGCUGCGAUGAAAUUAUGCAGAAUAAUGGCCCUUUGUCUGUUUUUCCACUUUGGAAUAAAUAGUUUUUUGCUUAAUUUUUCAUAGCUGAAUGACCAUCAUGUGUUGAUGAUAAAUAAGGAAGAAAUGUUGACUGCAACAAUUUUUUUCUGAAUUAUAGGCCUUUGUCUUUUUAUCCACUGUAUAUAUGAAAUAAUAUUUUUAUCUGUGUCCAAACAUGUUUUGUUGUGACAUCAGUGUCUGUGACACAUUUCUAGUUUAAUUGUAAAAUGGGGUUAUUGUUAUGCACUGUCCGUCUGUCUGUCUGUCCGUCCGUCUGUCCGUCACACUUUUGCGUUUAGGUUUCGAAAAAUGCUCAUAACUUUUAUGUCGCUUCAGAUGUAACCUUCAUAUUUGGUAUGCAUGUGUUUAUUGACAAGGCCUUUCCAUACAAACACAAUUUUUUACCACUUUGACCUUGAACUAAGGGUCCGCGUUUAGAUUUCGAAACCUGCGUUUAGGUUUCGAAAAAAGCGUUUUUCGGGGGCAUAUGUCUUCCGAUGGAGACAGCUCUUGUUGUUACAUUUUGUAGACUAUAAUAAUCAUGAAGUAUACUUUUAAGUAUUGAUAUAUUUAAAAAAAAAUCUAUUGGCUGAAAAGAAUGCUUAGACUACAGUUGUAAAAGUACUUAAAUAUAUGUAAACACUUUUAAUAAUGUGUUUAUAGAUUUUAUUGAAAUCUUGGUCAUUUCAUAAAAAAAUCACAAAUUUAGGUAUAUGCAAAGUAAGUAGCAUUUGUGAUAAAUUG